GCUUUCUGUGAAGUGGGUUGGUGUUUAAUUUAGAGAAAGAUGGUUCUUUGGAUCUGUUUAUGAGAUUCUUGACCUGAGUUGACUCAGUGUUCGAAAUGGUUCUCAAUUGAGAUUUCUAACUAUUGAUUGAUUAAAGAAAAGAAGAGCACAAUGUCUUGGAAGAGCAGAGGAGCAGAGUCGACUUUGAAGAGUGUUGUGUCGAAAAAAUUGACUCUUCUGUUGUGUAUUGGAUGCUUCUGCGCUGGAAUGCUCUUCACUGACAGGAUGUGGGCUGUGCCAGAAGCUAAAGACAUAUCAAGGAGAAUGGGGAUUGAAGAUGAAAGUCUAAAGUUAGUUUCGGAGGGCUGUGAUCCGAGAAUAAAGCAUGAAAAGAAAGAGUCAAAGGACAUCUUAGGGGAAGUUUCAAAGACGCAUCAUGCUGUACAUACUCUUGGUAAAACAAUUUCAAAUUUGGAGAUGGAAUUAGCCGCUGCAAGGGCAGCACAGGAUUCUAUACUUAGUGGUUCCCCAAUAACUGGAGACUUGAGGAUCACCAAACCUACAAGGAAAAGGAAAUAUCUGAUGGUCAUAGGUAUUAACACUGCUUUUAGCAGCCGAAAGAGGAGAGACUCUGUCCGUGCUACUUGGAUGCCACAAGGUGAUAAAAGAAAGAAACUUGAGGAAGAAAAAGGCAUCAUAAUUCGAUUUGUAAUAGGUCACAGUGCUACGUCAGGUGGUAUUCUUGAUAGAGCUAUUGAAGCAGAAGACAAGAAGCAUGGAGACUUAAUGAGGCUGGAACAUGUUGAAGGGUACCUUGAACUCUCAGCCAAGACAAAGAUGUUUUUUACCACUGCUGUUGGUCUGUGGGAUGCCGAUUUCUUUGUCAAAGUUGAUGACGACGUUCAUGUAAAUAUAGCAACAUUAGGAGCAACUUUAGCAAGGCUUCGGUCAAAACCCCGUGUGUAUAUUGGAUGCAUGAAAUCUGGUCCAGUCCUUGCUCAAAAGGGAGUGCGAUAUCAUGAACCUGAAUAUUGGAAAUUCGGUGAGGAGGGAAACAAGUAUUUUCGUCAUGCUACCGGGCAGCUUUAUGCAAUUUCAAAAGAUUUGGCUACUUAUAUAUCAAUAAACCAGCAUGUGCUGCACAAGUAUGCUAAUGAGGACGUUUCACUGGGAUCUUGGUUUAUUGGAUUGGAUGUGGAGCAUAUUGAUGACCGGAGAUUAUGUUGUGGAACUCCACCUGAUUGCGAGUGGAAGGCUCAAGCAGGCAAUGUCUGUGUUGCUUCCUUCGAUUGGAGCUGCAGCGGGAUUUGCAAGUCUGCUGAGAGGAUCAAGGAGGUUCACCGUCGGUGCGGAGAAGGCGAGAAUGCUUUGUGGAGUGCAGUUUUCUAACAAGCACAUAUCUUCCAACCUCUGGAGGAAGCACACGAGCUUGUAUCACGGUUAUUAUUAUAGAGAAAUUGUAUGUAACAUCAAACUGUAAAAUAUGUGUAAGAGAGAUGGGGACGCAGGGCUGCUGAUGGGAUUCUUCUCCGUUUUAGCUGGGGAGAGAAAAAACCAUGCAGCAACGAAAUAGAGAGAGCAAGGACUAAGUACCAUUCUUUUUAGAUGAUUGGAGAACCAUAUUGUUGUUAGCAUGUGUGGAUACCAAUCUGAGUUUCGUAAUAAGUGCCAAUGCUGCCUUUUGUUUCA